UCGCGUGGCGGGAAUCCGUGGCGCCAUGGAAUGCUCGGAAUGGAUUCCUGGAAGCUGAAUGCGGGCACAUUCCGGCAACAGCAGCAGCAGCGAGGAUUUCAAGUGAUAACGGCAGCUACACGACUGUUCACAGAGCGUGGAAGCCGAUGCUGGCCCUGUGGAAUUCAAUUCCAAUCUCAGCAUUGUCUUGUAUCCCGAUCCCAAGCUCCGCGGGAGGAACAUCCGCAUCAAUUCCUUCGAUGAUAAUGUCAAGAAGCUUAUGCUGGACGUGACGUACAGGAGAGAUGGAGUAGGCUUGUCCGCUCCACAAGUAUGCGUCAAUGCCAGGCUCAUGGUGUACGUUUUCGUGAAUCCAAUGAUUGCCAAGUUUGGGAAAGAGCGAGAAGCUGAUACUUUAGAAGGAUGCCUACCUUUUUACAGCACUCAAGCCGAUGUUUAGAGACUGAUAUCGAUCCGAGUUGAAAGCUCAAGACAUCAACGGGAAGAAAUUUGGUACCGCCUUCAGGGGCUGGACUGCUCGAAUUUUCCGACAUGAGUAUGAUCACCUGGAGGGUGUCCUUUACAUCGACCAGAUGACUCCAAAAUCACUGAACUCAAUUGGACAAGAACUUUUGAUAAGAGAUUCCAUAAUUGUAUGUGCCCUCAUGUCGGCUUUGUUUGCAGAAUCUGGAAAAUUUGAGAAGAGGUCUGGGACGCCUCGUCCCGAUGCGGUUAAAGACAAACUGUUAAGUUUGAUUCCGCUCGUCUCGUGCGAAGAUGCUCGGUUCGAUUACGCGCUCCGUUUUCAACUUACCGGAAACUCCAGCUGGCGAAGAACAAUAAGCCUAAAAGCGAAUCCAACCGAGCGAGUUUCAGAGUUGACGAUCCCGCGCCACACGAACUACCAUCUGAAAGCGAUAUGGCCGACCUUCAUAUCAUCCUGGUUAACGCUGAGAAGAGAAUCAGAGCACUGACUGCCUCCAAAACUACAUCGGUGAAAAAGGCCAGAAGAAGUGUGAAGAAGAAACAUGGCCAGCUAUGUGAAGCUCCAUUGGGCGGGCCUUUUGUGUUGCCUCUCUCGAGGAGCCCAAGGAGGAGCUCUUGUUUUCCUGAAGUUCUUUCAUACCCGACAACGGUUUAUAGCAGCAAGGCUGACGCAAUGCAGUUCCGAGGAAGAGUUGUGGCCAUCACGGGUUGAUAGAUGGAGGUUUAGCAGUCCAGAUGAAGACCUUUCUAUUGGCUCGAGCACUUCAGCAGAUUUCGGUCAGAUUACCGGUCAGAAUUCGGUCUUAAGGAGAGAGAGUUUGGAAUCGGACCUUUGGGACGACUUCGUUAUUCUCCAGUGCUUUAAUUCAAGCAAGAUACUCGAGCAACGUUGCGGCAGAAAGAAAGUGCAGCGCUCCGGGCGAGGAAGUGGUCUGAGUCUUCCGGACGGAGGCGCGAAAAUGAGGAUAUGUCCGGGAAACCAGGUGUAUCAACACAGGGAAGGCCGAGUCGCGACUCAGGAAUUCAAACGCAACAACAGAGGUGGCAGCGAAAGUUCCGAAAGAUCAGCGUCCGGAAUCGGGAGAAGCAACUAGACGACGGCCAGGAUGUUGAGAUCGGCGUGGAAGGCUAGCAGGCAAAGUACACAGUGUGGGCGCUAACCUCGUGUUUUUGCAAACACUUGCAGGAGGAUACGAGCGGGAUUGAAGUUUCCGCGGUUGCCGAGUUGUUUCCAGAAGACUUAGCACUCUAUAAAAUCCUCUUUUUGAUGAGGAGUUGUGGUAAGUCGGAAUUUCAUGUUUUAAAGCUAUCCUCUUAUUCUUCUCUUCGCUCUUGAACUUCGACAUUGUGAGGCUUUUUCCAGUAUGGGCACUCGUGUCGCAGAUGAUAGAUGCUAUCUCGUAGCACACUAUACGAGCGUGUGGUCGUACCUGUGGCCUCACAUCUCGCAUUCUUUGGACGUCGGGAGUGUGAACUUGGAUUGGAGGGCGAGAUUUUCUCUGUUUAUGCUCUGGAGCGUGAGGUCUGUCUCUCAACCGCUGAAGCACUUUGGAAGAUGGGUGGAGAAGGCAAUUAACCUUUGUGCAUCCAAUGGAGGAAUUCUCAGGACCUUGUAUACUCUUUCGAUGGAUCCACAAGCGCUUGUUGAUCCUUCCGAGGAUUCGGAGAGCUACCUAACUUUCAACGGCCACAUGGAACCAAGAAUCAGCCUCCUCCAAGCCCCUUCGUCUCAGCGUCUGUGUCUUUCAUGUCCAGACUCCAAAGCGGUAGCAGAUGUUUGUGCUAUGGCGUCUAAGGUUGCGUAUGAGAACCCGAAGUUCAUCGAAUUUGUCGUGAAUCAGAAUUGGAAGAUGCAUCUACUAGGAACUUACAACUGUUGGAACGAGUUUCAGAAAAAAAACUCGACUCAAGCAUUCAUCUUCGCGGACCGGGAAACUGACGCCGGAGCCAUCGUUCUUGCCUUCCGGGGAACGGAAGCCUUCAAUGCAUACGACUGGUGCACAGACUUGGAUUUCUCCUGGUACGAGCUCCCGCAGCUCGGCCGUGUCCAUCUCGGAUUCCUCGAAGCACUGGGGCUGGGCGACAGGAACAGGAUGCAAAGCUUCCAGAGGUUGAAGCAGAACAUCUACGAGAACUCGAGGACUCCGUUGCCACAGAGUCCAACAUCUGUAUUACCCGACUUUGUCCUCAGCGAUGAGACGAAGCUGCUCGCAUACGACCACAUCAGUGCGGAGCUCGUCACCAUCCUCCGGAAACACAGCACCGGUCACAGCCGCGGCGCUCUGGCGACUCUCUUCACCGCCAUGCUCUUCUACAACCGGGAAGAGAAUCGAGUUUUUUACAACACCGAGGACGACGUUGCCAGGAGGCUCGCGGCGCUCUAUACGUUUGGCCAGCCCCGCGUUGGGGACAAGAGCUUUGCGUCCGUCAUGGACACCAGCUUAAACAAGCCAACCAUGAGGUACUUUAGAGUUGUCUACAAUAACGAUAUGGUAGCUCGAGUUCCCUUCGACAACUCUCUGUUUGGCUUCAAGCAUUUCGGGAAUUGCUGCUACUUCACUUACAACUACACCCUCCAGAUCCUUCCAGACGAGCCAUUUCGCAAUUUCUUCUCCCCGGUUUACAUGGUGCUGUCCCGGCUUUACGCGCUGUUCGAGCUCGUCCAGAGCUUCUUCAUGAGCUAUAGAUAUGGCGGGGAGUUUAGCGAGACGAGGUUGUCCACUGUGGCAAGGAUUGCAGGCUUGCUCGUGCCUGGGAUCGCCGGCCACAGCUUGGUGAAUUACAUCAACUGCGUCAGGCUGGGGCCCGACCAUCUCGAUCCGGCGUGCCUGCAAAACACGCAGUGGGAUAAAUCCCAGUAAGCAUCGCAACUUCGUACAUGUCAAAUAAAACUUACACAUGGUGUCA